ACCUCUCUAUAUAUAUAUAUUUCAAUCCAAACAAACCAAAAACCCUAGACUCCAAAACCCAAAGCCCUCUCAGAAUCAGAAUCACAUAAAUAUAAAUAUAGGGUAUUAAAAGAAAAAAAAAAAAAGGCAUUAUUUUGUAAUAAUAAAAAACGACAAAUGUCCCGCCCAUCAUCUCCUUUCCCCUCCUGUUUCCGCCCCUCAAGCACCUCAGGUGAACCCCACGCGCGGCCUCCACCGCCUCCGAACUCCGGAAAUCCCAACCUAACGACUUGCCUCUACCACACCGACGUGGCGCUCUUCUCCCUGACCUGGUCCCGCUCCUUCAUGGGCCGCUCCCUCCACCUCCUCCUCCUCCACCACGCCUUGUACUCUCCACCGCCGCUCUCCUCCUCCUUCCGGCUCCAUAUCAAGCCAUUUCUCUUCUGGAAAAAGCACGGAUCCAAGACCCUCGCCCCCAACAUUCGCAUCUACUGGGACCUAUCCCGGGCCAGAUUCGGGUCCGGACCCGAACCACAAUCCGGAUUCUUUGUGGCCGUGGUGGUCGACGGCGAGGUAACACUUCUCGUUGGAGAUAUGGCGAAGGAGUGUUACGCCAAGACCCGGGCACAGACCCCGACGACUCCGCAGGCCCUGGUUCUGAAGAGGGAGCACGUCGUGGCGAGGAAGAUUUACACGACGCGAGCGAGGUUUGGCGGGAAAGUGAGGGAGAUCCAGAUCGAUUGCGGGUACGACGACUUCUCGAAGCUCAAUUUCAGCAUAGACAACAAGAGGGUUUUGCAGAUUAAGCGUUUGAAGUGGAAAUUUAGAGGAAACGAGCGAAUCCAGGUGGACGGCGUUGGGGUACAAAUCUCUUGGGACGUUUACAAUUGGUUGUUUGAGAGCGAUAAACACUACAACGACGAUGGCCGCCACGCCGUGUUUACGUUCAAGUUUGAAGACGACGAUGACAACCAAUUUGGGUCCAAUCAAAGUCAAAAAAUCUGUAACUCUGGCGAGAAGAGUCAAAGUCAAAAUCAGAAUCAGAAUGGAAUGGCUCUGUGGGCUCAAAAUCAGCUCUGGAAUUUGGGAAUGAGCGGAAUCGAGUGGAGAAAGAUGGGAAAAAGCUUGUCGUCUUCGUCGGUUUCGAUGUCUUCGGCGGGGUCUUCCGGUGGGAGCUCGUCGGUGAUGGAGUGGGCCAGCUUGGAGGAAAGCGAGCUCAGUUGUGGUCCUCCUGGGUUUUCUUUGAUGGUUUAUGCUUGGAGAAGGUGAUCCCAUAUUGUCAUUAUUAAUUCAAUUUGGUAAUUAAUGAUCAUAGUUUUUUUUUAAUUAUUUUGUAAAAUCACUAACCCAAAUUUGUUCAUGAACAUAAUAAUAAUGAUAAUAAAAAAUCAAAUAAGUCAAUUCAUUAGAGGCAUUAAGAAAAAGUAUGAGAUUCAUACUAUAUAUAUAUAUACAUCUUUACUUGGACAGAUUCUAACAUAUUCUACUUCCCAAGAACAGAAAAGGGAAAAAAAAAAAAAGAAUUCAAAUUCAAUCUCUGUUUUCUCUUUGUAGUAGUACUGGAAACAAUUAUUGUAAGCAGUUACUACAAGUAAUUGGUAUUGUUCAUUUGGUAUACUAAAUUUGUAAAGCAAAACAUGAGCAUUUGUCGUU